AUUUAUCAAGUCACUCGCGCCAUAUGUGCUUUAUAAUGCGAGAUAUAAAAUAAAGUAAGCUUUCGUUAAAGUUCUGCAAUAAUGGUAGAAUAUUUGUUUGUUGUUACUCGCGAUAGAGGCAAACGAAGAGCUACGAAUAAACAGGAAGAUUAACCCUUUGCUCUCGACUGUCCUCUCCGAGGGGACCAUUGUUAAACUAGCAAACAACUCGGAUGUUCCCUUUAAUGGGACACAAAGAGAUUUUUGGUGAUUAUUUGGCGCUAAAUUAACGCAAAUCAGGAAUUUUUAAAAAAUAUACGUUUUCUCGAAAUCUCGCCGUCGCAUUGUACGAAGAAAUAAAUAAAGAAAUGAAAAAUAUGCCGAGGGCAAAGGUUUAAAAAAUAAUAACACAAACGGGGGAUGCGUUGCAAGCGUUCCGCUCGCAGCUCGCGUCUCGAACUUUCGAGAACGCGGUCAGCGCGUGAGUUUCGAACCACGAAGACGGUCGCCUGUAACGCGCCGUGGGACGUUUGCGCAAUAAAGUUCGCCGUGUUAAGAUACCGGAGGCAGAGACGCGUAAAAGUGGUCGGUUCGCAGCGUCGAUUUACACGCGUCGCGGGCGCAGCCUUGCGAGGCGCCGCGGCGUCGACCUUGUCGAACAGAGACGCUCGGAAUUGUUCGAGACGAUCGUAAAAAUCUCACUGACGGCCAACGAAAUUUCGAAGUUGCUUUCGUCUUUUCUCUUACGAGUCUCGCGCGCUUCAGCGAUAAGAUUCGUCUCUUGUUCUCUCUCACUGGUUGCAGUGGAACUAUAUUUAGCAAAACGAAUCCGGAGAGAAAGCAGUUAAUCGAGUAAUCCUGAUAACAGAGAUGCGCUAGCUAUUUCUUCUUCUUAUGAUUAAUUCAAUUCAUUUCGUUCGUUUAUCUACGAGUAAUAAUCCUUUGAUAUCGAAUGCAAACACAAGAGAAUAAACAGAAUAGAAUUACAUACAGCAGCGGACAAUGGGCGAAAGUUUAUCGAUGCAGAUCUCGGGCGACCGGUAUCCUGUACGCUGCAAAGUACUCAUCGAGAAACCGAUUCAACGCGGAUUGCAGCGCCGAGCUGAGACACGAGAUCGCUUUGCUGUCGCUCUGCUCGCAAUCGCAUCGCGUCAUUCGACUUCACGAUGUCUACGAGACGCCCAAAGAAAUUAUCCUCGUAAUGGAAUACGCCCCUGGUGGCGAUCUGCAGACGCUCAUCGACGGCGAUUUGGUGCCCCUCGAAGGUGACGUGGUACACUUUGUGAGGCAGCUAGUAGAAGGACUCGCCUACCUCCACCAGAGAAAUAUCGCCCAUUUGGACAUCAAGCCGCAAAAUUUGGUAAUGAUGGGCAGCUUCCCCGAAUGCGAGGUGAAGCUCUGCGACUUCGAGAUCUCGAGAGUGAUAUUAGAGGGGACGGAGGUCCGAGAAAUCCUCGGCACACCGGAUUACGUGGCUCCUGAAAUUCUCCACUACGAGCCGAUCACGUUAGCCGCCGAUAUGUGGUCCGUGGGUGUAACGACAUACGUUCUUUUAACCGGAUUUUCUCCAUUCGGCGGUGAAACCGAUCAAGAAACGUUUCAAAACAUCUCUCUAGGCGAAGUAGAUUUUCCCGAAGAAUUGUUCGGCGACAUCUCGGCGCAGGCGAAAGAUUUCGUCGCGAAGCUUUUGGUGCUGGACCCGAGUGCACGAAUGACCGCGAAACAAUGCCUGCGUCACGAUUGGCUACGCGGCGCGCCCACGCAGGCGUCGCCACAUCUCCGAAGAUACCUGUCGAAGUCGAGAGAAGUGCUUCUGGAGCGGGUUGUCAGUCGCGAAAACCUGCGAAGAGCGGCGCUUUUGAGCCAGGCGAGCAGUCAGGCGAAUCUAUCGAGCGACGUUCAGGACGCGAAUCAUUCCGAUCAGAGCUUGCAAGACUGUUUGCUAAGUCAAAGCGAGAUGUGCCUGAGUCACCGUCUCACAGGAAGCCGAUCUAGUCUCGAGGGUAGCGAAGAUUUCCCAAGUCCAGCCGAUUCUCGAACGAGUCUCAACUCUUCCAGAACGAAUCUUAGCUGCACCAGCCAGAGUUGCUUGCUGAACAAAGAACAGACCCAGGGUUUGCUCAGUCGAGCGCAAAGUCGGUCACAGGCGAACUUAAAUCACGGUCUUAGUCGAGGACUUUUGUCUAGAAUACGAAGCCUAAAUCGAAUCCAGUCACAGGCGUGUUUGCUCAAUGAAAACUCUUCCGCAACCUCGGCUUCUUUACAACCGCGGAUGGCGAUAAAUCCUGUGAUGAACAAGUCGCGGGAGAAACUGUACGGGCUGAGAUCGUUGUCCAAGUCUCAAGGAGUUUUGGACAUCUACAGAAGCCUCGAGUGUCUUAGACGGAGAAGGAAGAGCUACCAACGAGCCAAAACGGAGGACGUGGUACCCAUUUUCAAACGAUUAGGUGCUGAAAUCGAUACGUCCAACGUAUCGGACACGUCGAUCGAAACCACGUGCGACACUGCAGAACACCGAUCCCACGACGAUGUUUCCAGUUCAACGGAGACGAAAAAACAUUUGGAUGGAGAGAGCAAAGAAUCUUCGCAGAAGAUCGCGACAGAAUCAGAAGUCAUGGUGCGAGUUAACAAUCGAUCGAGAAAAACCGAGCUGCAAGAAGAAGUCGUCAAAGAUCUGCAAGCAUCGAGGGAACAAGCUUUCGAGUCUGAAGAGAAUUUCGAUUCGUUGAAGUCGAUCGAAUCGGAUACGUUGACCGAAGAUUCGGACGAAACACCGGUGAAUCGCGAUAACGAAUCGAAUCUGGUGGCCGGAAAACGACCCUGUCAACGACAACAUUCCGACGUUUCCAGUCACUCCAACAAUUCCGGCACGUCGGACGACAAAGAGGACCGAUCGACCGAGUCCGAAAAUGAGGAGCCAAAGUACACCGUGGCGCAGCUCGUAUCCGCGUUUAACAAGCACCAGGAAGUCGCCUCGAGGUCGAGUUUGGAAGCGAUAAUGACCGAGAAAAGAGUGAACGAAGUCACUUUUCCUACCGGCACAAAAGCUCUGAGGUUAUUCAUUCCGGAUAUCAACAUCAGCGAAAGCAAGAUCGUUAGACGGAAAACGAGUUACAAGCCGCGGAAGAAUUGGGAGGAGUUGAGAAAGAAAAGCGAGAAAGACGAGGGAAUAUUGAAGAACUUCGUCGAUUCGGGUAACGAGGACGAAAACGAGGAUAACGAGGUUGCUUCCGAUUCUAAAAACGAUAGGAAACCGAAUAGCAAAACUGUGGAGGAUCGAAAGGACAAAGAGCAGGUUGAAUCGUCUUCCGAACAGUGGUCUAGUCCAUCGUCGAUUGGUAUCAACGAAGACUAUAUCUUCGAAGAAGCUACGGUUCAAGACAAUGUCGAUACAACAAUAGACGAAAAAUACAAGCAAUGCGUGAAGGGAGCCAGGUCGAUCACGAUGGAACAAUUGAGCGACAAAACUCAGAGGACGAUCGCUAAUCCUCGUCAGAAAGAAAGGCUACCAAAUUAUAUCUACCCAGAAGUCGCGUGCCAUAUCAAAGACGAUUCUCAGGACUCGACUAGGAAAACAACUUCUGUAUCCGUGAACGGUAAAACGAAUUCGAAGGUGCAAAAAUCGGAUCGAACGAAACCGCUGUACAAUACAGAGUGCGCGAACGUGAAUUUGAAAGACAUCUUGCAACGGGUAGACAGCUUUCAGAAUAAUCCGAGGGAGAACUUGGAAAAUUUAAGAAAAAGGACGUCCAUCGCGAAGGUAAUCUUGAACGACAAUCAGGAUAAAAACGAGGGAGAAAAUAGAUCGAGUACUCGAGCUCGAAGCGAGCCACCUUUGAAUUUGAGUCCCAAGGAGGAGGAUCAUAAGAUGAAAUUGGUUGUACCACCGUCUUUCGCGAGAUCCUCGUCUUUGUCCAGCGAAAGCAGUUGCCCUACUCCUUCUAGCGUGCACUCGGAUGCGAACACUUCUUGGGAAGACGUUCAACGUGGUACAGCAGGAUCUAACGCGUCCUUGGAGAAAGAAGAUCCCAGCAAAAUCCAGAGAAGGCACGAGAUUCAGAGAACUUCGAGCGAGGGAAGGAACAAGCAGUGCGCAGAUGACAAAAGGCUUUGGGGUAGAGUUUGUACGGGUUCUUACAGCAGAGCAAUGGAGAAGUUUAGCAAAAACAAUGACGCGAACAAGAAACCUAUUAACCAACUAAACGGAUCGCAACAAAAUGGAAAGAUUAGGAGGAAAAGCAGUCCUGCCAUGCCCCAAUACAUCAACCCGUAGAAAUACACUUCCCUUCCACGAAGACUGAUUAUAGAACUUGGCCUUGCUCGAUAUUACGGUGACUCAAGCCGGAAGAUCGAACAGCUGAACACUUCUUUUCGCGAACUCUUUGACCGAGUUCGUUUGACAGAAACGAGACAAUCGAUUUAACGAUCUUCAAGCCUUGGCAAACGUUGGUGAAACAAUACCGUAAGACUUAACUAAGUAACGUAGCUACGUUGGUCAUGUUCGAGUGGACCAAACCGGCGGAUAAAUAAUCUACAAGCGUGUGUCAUCAAAUAGUCGAACGACAAACCUGUCAUUAACAUCCCAUCUGGGCGUCGUGUGGUCAAACAAGGCGAUCGAACGUGAUUGAUCGUCAUAGCCUUAUCCUUGACUUAAUCUCCAUAUCGAGCGACCUUCGAGAACUACUUUUUUCGAAGUGCGUAGUAUCGAUGGACACGUGGGUACCAAGAAAACGAAGCAACUAAUUUCGUCUGGAAAUAUGGUACCGAUAAAAACGAGAGGAAAGGAAACAUCGAUAAUGUCUUCUUGUAGCUUAACUCACAUUGCGAGGAACGUUGCGACAAUGUACGGCGUGCGAGAAACGCGAAUCUUGCGUUCAAAGAAAUUGCUCACUCACGAGAGAUUAUCUUUUUACGAUACAUCUUUGCCUCUACUAAUUAUCUCUGUUACCUCUGUUGCCCAUCGAAGCUUUAGAUAGUAGCAAUCAGGAUUCAAUUGGUGCGCCGAAAAUAAUAACUCAAUUAUAUCGUAGUAGCUAGCGUCUUCUUAAAGCCGGUCUAAUAGGGUAUUUCAUUUAGAUUCUAAACGACUUGUUCAAUUUUGUAUCGAAGAUAUCGCAAUAAAGAUUCCUUGCCGUUAAA